GAAGGCAAUCAUCCAGUUAGCCCGGGAUUACCACAGGGCUGGCGCCUCUGUACUUCUUUGGUUCCAUCAACGGAAUCCGGGGGGUAUAGACAAGGAUCAGGACGAGCUCAAUAGCAUCAUGUUCUCCAAGACUUGGGCUUCCUUUGUUGACAUCGCCGAUACUCUUAAGAAGUACAAAGCGAGGUUCAUCAUUACGUGGCCCAGGGACAGCGUGUUCUGGGGAUGGCAGCGUGUCAAGAGGGUACUUGAUGGCUAUGGUUUUAGCCAAACUCACCUCAAGCCAAUGGUUGAAGUUGCUGACCUUAAGCCUGAAGUCAUUGCCCAUUACACGUUGGCCUCCAACACGAAGAGUCUUGUUGAAUUCUUAAGACGAGGGUUGAAGGAUAGUGCCAAGAAAUCAGAGUCCCAACACUACUUCAAAGGCACCCUUACUACGAUCCUCAGUCGUGUUUUUGAUGAUCAUGAUUCCCACAAAUCAGAAAGAAAUCACACUCACGUGGUAGCUGUUGCGCUCAAGAUUCAAGCAUCCCCAACAUCCUCUCUUUCGCUCCUUCCCAUUGCGAACAUGUCCUCUGCCCAGAGCACCCGUGACGCUCUCGCACAGGGAACCGCAGCCCGGGAGGGUGUGCAGACUGCUGAGGGAUUGCAGUAUGCAACGGCAGAUCGUGAGGAACGCAAAAAGGCGUAUCGCGCCGCACUCAAGAGUGCUGAUCGCUUGGCUGACGCCAUGGCCGGAGUCACCCACCUUGCUCGGCACACCGACCUUGCUGAGGUGUUUGACGAACCCGGGGCUGACGCCGACGGUGAUGAAAUGCUCUUUGGGAUUAUGACGGUGAAGGAAUGGCGCGACAUGCGUGUGCAUGCGCCGAAUGCGCUCUGGACUGCAUUGUACGAAGCCUGGUUCCCUCACUAUGCUUGCCGCCAGGGCAAUCUGUACAUGCAGGACCAACGCAACACCUCCCUGACGGGAUGGUCAGCCCUCAUCCUUCAGCACAUUAAGGAUUUGGGUAUCCUCGGGUGGGGUGUUAACUUCGAGAAUGCCAUCAAUAAGACGGCGAUGUAUGACAUUUGCCAUAGGGUCCACAUUCUUUCAGAGGGUAGCGGUACCUUCCCAGUGUUUCCUGCGAGCUCAGCUCUCUUGGACGGGCUCUACAGCCCAGCCUUGGGCAGGAUUUCCGCGCCCCCCACGGCGGAAGCCGGUGGUUUCGACGGCACCGACAUUCUUGUGGCCGGGGACUCAUCCUUGGCAUUGUGCUGGAUGCAAGGAAAACGGUGUGUGAAGAAAACCACGAUCUUCCCGAUGAUGCAGGACAUAGUCCGGGCGAACCCAGAGUUCGGGGAAGUCGCAUGCCUGAUGGAGUGGGGCAAAGGUCUCGACAAAAUCAUCGUUGUGAUCGAGCCGCAGCGUGAGCUGGACGAGAUCGAGCAUUGGCCCGCGAAACAGCGGCUGAUGGUCGAGAAGAGCGUCCGCCGCCUCAUCGAGCUGCGGAAGCACACUCGUGUCAGAGGCCUGACGGUUGUCUUGGGAGAUGACAACGGUCGUUUUUACAACCUGCCCAGCGAGUAUGAUGAUGAAAUGGGAAAGUACGCCCGACAGCUGCAGAGUGCAGGCGUAAGCGUCGUUGAUCCAUCAAGCCUACUGAUGAGGACCACACGUCCCGACGGGUUCCACAUCGAGGUCACCGACCCGAAUGUGACUGCUUCCUUGCAGUGGUGGCAUGCUCUCAUCAGAGCCAUUUCCACCGACCGAAUCAUCACUCGCCGGAAGGCUGAGUUCGUCGCCAAUCAGAGAAGUAUUGUGUUCCGCAAUCACUUCGAGCUUGGGAAGGCCGAGAAGACGCUCACGGUGCCGCCUGCAAGCCAGCGCAUCCUUGAGCCGUUGGACCGUGCACCCGAGCUCCCGGCGGAAGCCAGGGAAGCGCAAGAGGACUUUGCCUUUACGGUGGCACGUGACGUCAUCAACACCACAAACGUGCUUAUCCCCGAUGCCGACGCCAUUGAGAAGGAGGUUCCGGCAUCGGAAGAUGACCGCAGACUUCCGAAAGGCACAGUCGGGAGAAUCUCGGAGCCAGCCGAGACCGACGACGAAGCGGAUGUCGUUAUGGACCUGGAUCCUGAUGACGCCGCUCAGCCGUCGGAAGACGCUGCUGGUGAUUUCGAGCCAUUCUUCGAAUGGUGGGGCUAUGAAGACGUCCCCGAUUUUGCCCCAAGCCAUCGCUACAUGACAGAUGGCAAGCGGCGGGCAUUGAGCAAUGCCAUGAGCUUUUUCCUUCGCGGCUUCGCGAAUAGUGCAGAGUCACAGGCACAGAAGCGGCCACCGCCCAUGAUGACCUUCGACCCCGCAACACGGGAGGUCGAAUGGGACCACUUCAAAGCACAGUUGGGCAAACAGUGGCGCGGUCUCCGGUCGGAAGACGUCUUGGAAGUGGUCAAGUAUGGGAACCACGACAAAGACGACAAUGGACGCUUUGAAUUGCGCGUCCUUCACUUCAUCGCUGAGAUUCAUGGAAUCCGUGCAUUCCAAGGGCACUGCCGCGAUCUCAUCUCUGACGAAACUGAUCUUGUGGAUAUGCACAGUGACAGCUAUGCUUUGUGUGAUGACUACAGGCCCACCAUGCAUACGCGUCCUCCCGUAGGAGUCACUGGCCAAAUCCACAACGACUGGGUCAGAAUGCAUCCGAUCGGGUACCAUGCGACCUACUGGAGCAAUUUCUCCAAUAUCGUGAGUACCGGUCUCAUCCCAGGCGGUGUCACCCUCGGCGGAAGCACGGGGAGAGCCUUCACCAUGAUGGCUUGCCUCCCUCAGUGGGAAAGGCCGAACAACGCAGGCCUGCGACCUGGCGCUGAGGUUGAGUUCGCUAUCGACCUCCAACUCGCGUGCCUGGAAGGGUGUCGCAUUCUCCUGACAAAGAACAAUGUUCUGCAGACCCCCGAUUGGUUGUCCAAUUAUGUUUGCUUACGAUCGCAGAACCGGGAGAUCCUGCCGGUCUUCAACCAAGACCUCAUCGACGGAGCAGCGGAAGCUGACGCCAAUUGCAUCAUGGAUUACGUUGAUCUCUGUUACCCGAUCCACAAUGAAAAUUUGGACUGGGUUGAGUUCUUGGGUAUGUUCAUUGACAUGCAGAAGCCCUCGCACUUGCGUGAGGUUGAGCAAUUUCAUGUCGAUGGUCGUACCAUCUGCUUUGAGCAGGGUAGUCCGCUGGAGGGAACUCCGUGCGAAUGGACUUUGGAUGCCCAGGUCUAUUUUUCGCCUAUUGGGCUGACCACCGAGCGCCCGUUGCGUGUGGAGCGCAAGCACUACUCAGUGUGCCUCAACGUCAGCUUCCCAAAGCUGCGUUGCCCUGAUGAUAGGUGCAGGUCUCAGAUGCUUGACGGCUAUCUUCAUUGCCCCCGCUGCCAGCGGAAGUUGUUCAAUCCGAGCGACAUCUCCCACAUUGCGGAGCUGGCUGAUCUGCGGGCGGAAGCCGUGCAAGGUGGAGCUAACCACAGUCUCCACUAUUAUCUGGCACCGAAAGCAGCCAUCAACACUCGCCCACACGAGCACACUCGUCAGGGUGCCGAUGUGAAGAAAAGCAUCGCUGCGACACUCAAGGAGAAGUGCAAGAAGAUGGGGAUGACGGUGACUUCACUCGACGAAGUCGAGAUGUUCGCGCGCUUGCGACUUCCCGCCCCGGGAACGGGGACGGAGGCAAAAAGAGGCUUUGCCGGAUCUCACACAUCCGAUGCUCGCACUGCCCUCAUUUUCCCUCCCGUCGACGACAUGGUUCGCGGUGAGUACAAUUACCAGAGGAACAUCUUUCUUGAGCUGGCCAGACACUGCUAUUUCUGUUUCCAAGAUCGCUUUUACGUGGUCCCCGAAAUUUCGGUGUUGAUCCGCGCCACUCAGUUGGCCUCUGAGGUUCGCCGUGUGCGUCCUUUCACAAUCCUCCGCCAUGACGGCGUCGAGUGCCAGCCCGUGACCGGGACUGUCCCAGAGAUCAUGGCCGACCUCGUCGGUUUGCUCCGCAACAAUGCACAGCACGCUCUCACCCACAAGGAGCGCAACCAGCAAAGGGUUACUGUGCAAGUCGGAAUUCGGCAGACUCCUUUGGAGAUUCCAGCAUCGCUGGGAACUAUGGGCAGGUCACAGAUGCUUGAGCUUCUUGGCGGUACGCGGUUCAGUGUUGAGCGUACCCGCGGUUGGAUUAAUCGUGAGGUGGAAGACCGAAUGGUCCGGCACGGUGCCACUCCCAUUGGCGCUAUGCGUGUGCCGCCACCGCCACCGUCACCCAAAGCAACACCGAGUGUUCGGCCUCCACCGGCUCCCCCGAGCCGAGGUCGCUCACCUGGCGGUGCAGCUUCAUCUUCCACGGAUCGUCCGAUGAGCACUUCUGUCCCGAAAGCUGCAAAGACGAAGGCAAGGCCGGCAUCUGCCAGAAGUGUCACGCCGCCUCCUCCUAAGCCAAGUGCCAACAGGCCAGUGCAGCCGCCGCACCCACCUGCUGCAAAAGCUGUUCCGAAGGCUGACGCCGUUCGUGCACCUGAGGAAUACAUCACUGCUGAUGAGUGGGACAACUACUUUGCCGGCCGUGGCGAGGUCAGAGGCUUUGCUGUUGGUGAUGCACCCGCACCAAUUGCCGCCCCUGCGGGGCCACCCACUGAUGGGCCAUCUGCCUCAGCCGCCGGAGGGCGUGCUCGCACUCGCUCACCACGCCGCCAUGACUAUGGUGGGGGUCGGGACUACCAAGAGGCCGCCAACGACAGGUUGCGUCACCUGCGCCUGUGUGAUGAGGCGAUCGAACAGCAACUCGAGCACCUGACGGUUACUCUCCCAGGCUUCCCAGCUGACCGCUUGCGGAACUGGACCGAUCAGGAUGGGAACGGAUUUGAUCCAACCCAACCAAUGCCUCGCAAUUGCACUCGCACCGAUGCUUGGUAUUGGGGAGUUCUCCGUGCCCGCUAUCUUGAAGAGCUGUCGCCCAACGAAGUGCCUUUUGUUAUCCCCGCUUACACCGACCGGGAGGUUUUGGUUCAGCAUCCUGUUGAGCAGAUUACCUGGUUCCUGCGUGGCUGGGAGGAGUUUCGCCAAGACUCCAAUGGAGCAUGGUACAGGGCAUACUAG